AUGCCAACCCUCCAGCAGACAGGCUUGGAUGAGGCCAAUGAUAUAACCUCGUCGUAUGUCGUCCUCGGCAUACCGGUUCCUCGAAUUGCCCAGGAGCUGGCUUGCACGCCGCCAGUAUGUUGGGCCACCGAGGGUGACAUACGAGCGGUCGAGCUCCUCAGAGAUUUCGGAUCUGAUCGAGGCAUGGAAGCCAUGCAAGCAUGUAACCUCGCAACAGGCUAUUCGGACGUAAUCAUUUUGCUGGAGAGACCCCGGGCCAAAACCUACGACAUAGCCUUUGAAAAAUUCGUGCAGAACUCUGACACUUUGCGGGCUGUGGACGAGCUCAUUCGGUUCGCUACAAAAGGGACGCGCAGCAUCUAUACGGUUACAGUGCUAGAUGCAUUCUCGUUCCAAGAGAUUAGGGAGUCCACCGUCAACAACAAAGAAUGCCAUAAACUUCUCGGUAAAAUUCUUCGGGUGAAGAAGCCGAGAGUUGUGAUACGAUGUCACAGGGACAAAUACCAGGACCCAUGGAUGAGACGCUUUGAAGUCCAAGGCGAGGGAUACCGCCUAUGGAGGAGCGAGGUUUCGAUCGAUGAUAAUCAUACUACGGUCGUAUUUCAAUCCUUUCAUCCAUCAUGCGCAAUACAUAACACGGACUGCAGACCCGAAUACCGGGCGCUACUCAUACACCACUUCGUCGCGGCGUUCGGUGAGCUUCAGGGCCGAGGCCAGCUUCCUACAUGUGCGGAAGAUUUGAGACUCCUCUGUCUAAGGAAAGGGGAACGAAGGACGAAACCGACCCUCUCAUUGUAUCUAGCAGCUAGGUACAUACGACACUUGUUUUCGGAACGGUACGAUGAGUUGGACAAAGCUAUUCCAAUUGAAAUAGCCGAUUCCACACCGGAGGAAGCAAUGAAGGACUGCUCACAUGCAUUCAGCACCAUGUACCAAUGUUUCAGUAACUUGUCGAAAGGCGAGUGUUCACCAGGAUCUCUUGCGAUUGCUAAGAUCAUGAAUUUCUAUUGGAAAGACUUCUUCAAACAGGAACCUCUCUUCAGACAAAUUGCCUGGCUAUUGAGGAUGAAAGGAUGUCAGCAGCAGGAGUGGAUUACACCGAAGCCAAAUACCUUGAAGUUGGACGGUAGUAUUAUCUUGCUGUCAAUUGAAGAAAGACUUGAACGGCUUACGAUCCGUGAAGCUGACUUGCCGGAAGGAGGCCUAACCAGAAAGCGAGCUGAGCUGCUUAAGAAGACAAGGGAGAAAACGCGAGAAGCAGAGGGGCACCUUCGCCAAGCUCCCGUGACAGAGCUCGCAGAGUCAAUGAGGAUUGCUGAAGUGCUUCAAUACUAUGGACCAUUUUGGCAAUCUGGGACCAACUCGCUAGAUGGUAAUGUGGUAAACGUGGUGUUCUACCACGGAUACCUCAAUGAGCUAGAGAGAUUGCUUCAAGGGCUCCUCAUCACAACUCCAGAGGGUGACUUGGUCCCUAGAAUAUUAUGA